GCUUGAUCGAGUUUGCCUUGCAGAGAGGGGCAUGAUUCACAAUCCUGACCAGACAGCCAUUCACUUUCACUCUGCCGGGAUCUCCUAACAAUCCAGUUGCACGAUUCUACUCCCUCUCUCCUGCAUUCCUUCAACAGUCUGAAGCAAGACUUUGAGGGGUGGCGACUUCCAGGACAGAGAAGUAAAAACACAAGCAGACAGCUCAAGAACAACUACAACUCGCAGCCAUGAAGGACAAAGUGAGGAAAGGAGGAAGAAAUCAGGCCAAAACUGAUGAAAUGAGCCUGAUUGGUGGAACGGAUGCUGCUGGCAUUAAGCCACACGACGACACCUCGUUCCCUGUGAAGAUUCAGGGAGCAGGAGUAGAGCCAUUUGAGCUGCAGGUCCAUGGAUUUUGGCUUGUUCAAGAUGCGGUAAUGACUCUGCUUUCGAGGGAUGAGGUGUGUCCACGUUCCAACUUGUCGCUGACGCUCGCUGGUAUCACUCUGGACCCCCUGGCAGAACUGCAAAGCCUUAAGGGGCUAAAACCAGGAGCAAUCCUUCGCCUGGUGGAAGAACCCUACACCGCCAGCACAGCCAGACUCCAUCUGGCUCGUGUGCUGGAGCUGCUGAGAGCAUCUGGACCUCAGGAUGCACUGAGAGAAGGACGCUCACCAAGCAUACUGGAGACGCUCACACAAACACCAGACUCCAGCUUACCGAAUGGAAAGAGCCUGAAACGCUCUUUAAGCAACACAAAAACAGAAACGACCAACCAGGAUGGAGCUCCCCCAGAGUACCUCCUCCCUGGUUCCUCAGAGAGACCGCUCAUGGCCCUGCUUCCACACAGCUCCCAGCCAGAGUCCCCCAGCUACCUGAAGGACGUAUCUCUCAGCUGUUGGAACCCGGCUCCAGGACAGAGGAAGCUACAGGGAGACUUCCUGUACAUCGCUGUGGUGACAAUGGAGGGACGGCGGUGUGACAUCACAUCCUGUCCUAAAGGGUUCUUCCUCAAUAGAUCUACAGAAGAAGUGUUUGAUCCUCGUCCUGCACAGUCUUCCCCAGUUUGUCACAGUUUCACCGACCUGCUCUGUCACAUCAGUCCUGCCUUCAAACAAACAUUGACCACGUUCAAAAACAGGUCUCAGUUACCUCCAGUAGAGGUGAUGCCCACUCCUUACCACACCCUGAGCUGGCUCGGGCCUCCCUGCGCCUCUCGUACUCAUAAAAACACCUUCAGCCGACUGGGAGUGGAUGAACAGCCAGCAACACAGGCUCCAGACUGGAAUGAGGAGUUACAAGCUGCCAGAGAUCUUCCACAAGGCAGCCUGGAGGAGAGGCUGCGGAGGGACAAAGCUCUGCUCCAGGUUAACAGUGCAUUUCUUAGGGCUGUGACACAAGGAGUAGAAAUAGUCGUGGAUGGCUUUGUGGAGCCAGUGAAUGGAAACCCUGAUGACCCAGCUUUCCUGUGGGGCGGCCUGUUCAUGAGCCAAGGGGCAGCAAGCCCAAUCUUUGGAGGAGACAGGGGUCGCAGGGCUGCUCAGAGGCUGGAGCUUAAAGGAGUACAGGCCUACAGUGACAUUGAGGGGCUGCAGGGGCUGCACACUCUACCCACAGCCGUCGUAGACUACAGAGGAGUGCGUAUGUCUGCUCAGGGUCUGGCCCCUGGGUUGGAGGGCUCAGAGCAGGACCAGGCAACUGCUCCCGCCUCAAGAGGCUUGCUGUACGGGGUAACUGCAGGACCCCAAGAGUCCCCCCAACGCAGACGACUCUUAGAGCUCCUGGCUCUGGCUGCCAAAUCUCUCUCUCUCCAAAGACAUGUUGCUGUCGGGCCCAACGAUCACAAGGUCCCACUCUUCACCUCAAUUGAUGCUCAGGGACUGUUGGGCGCUGAUGGGAGGUACUACAUACUGGAUGUGUUCAGGAGCUUCCCAGCUGACGCCAACUUCUGCCCAGAGGUGGAGGCAGAAGGCCAGACAGUCACUGAAGAAGAGGAGAGUAAUAAAGGCUGUGAAGAGGACGAGGAGAAGAAGGGUUGUGUAAAAGAAGGUUGGCCAGAGAAUUAUCACUCAGACUCUGGACUUCCGAAGAGCUACCCUCACAGACUCUGUCGACUGAGGCCAGAGAUGAUGCAGGCCUUCAUCCAGCAUAAACAUUGCCAGUACACUCAGCGUGUCAGGGAGAUGUUGGACGAGAAUGGAGGCUUUGAAGAAUGUGCAACAGCUUGUGAUUCUCGAGCCACUACUGCAGUACGAGCUGCUUGUAAAGAAGUGGGCUCAGUCAGCGACAUCAUCUUUGAGAUGCGCUUUAACCCAAGCAUCUUCUCUCCAGAAGUAUCCUUCCCUCCUGGUGAAAGUAAGUCAACGAAACUGCAGGAGAGGUUACUGAGGGAAGCUGCAGCUCUCAUCAUCACACAUCAGAUACCAGCCUUUUUGGAGCAUUGCCUACAAAGCAAUGAGGCACCAAUGGAUGGAGUCUCUGUAAAACAUGCGCUGCACCAGAGAGGCAUCAGCCUUAGGUAUCUGGGCCAUGUGAUCACGGCCAUCAGCCAAUCAGAACACAAGGACUGCCUGAGGCAUAUAAUGAGAUUGGUCAUAGGUGAAGUUUUCACUCGCUCAACAAGGAGAGUGUUCAACAAUUUCCUCCAGGGUGUGGACGUGCCUAGUCUCUCUGCAGCGGUCAGUCACUUCCUGUGCUGCCUAUUAGUUCCUCACUUCACCCCCACGCCUGUGUCGGAUGAGACCAAGAAGAAGUCAAGGCGGCGUGGCCGAGUGGCGGCCUCUGAAAGCACGCCCUGGAGCAUGCUCACAGGGGCCGAGCUGUGGAACCUGGUCUGCCUGGAUGCUGCUGAAACAUAUAACAUCUCUGACAGCCUUGGCUCUGGUCCAAACCACCUGGUGGAGCACUAUGGCCUUCAGAAGAUCUCUCUGCUCAGAGAGUUCUGUUUAAAGACUGGAGUUCAGUUGAGACUGAGAGACUACAUCCUUGACAACCAAAAUAAAGCUCCCAUUGGUCCAGACGACAUCCUCAACAUCUUCCCCGUUGUCAAACACAUUCACAUGCCAACAGUGGAUGCCUCAAAAGCAUACCGAGCUGCACAGAACUUCAUUCAGAAGGGUCUGCUGGACAAGGCCCAUGAACACCUGAAAGAAGCAACCUACUUGUUUGGUAGGGUGUGUGAUGACCUGCACCUUGAGGCCUGUUAUUGCCACAGCCUGCUGGCCAAGGUGGCUUUCACGCAGGGCAAGCCAGCUGAGGCUCGCAGCGUCCAGCUGAAAGCAGUGGUCAUCAGUGAGAGAGUGCUUGGCUUUGACCAUCCAAACACCAUCUACCAAUAUGCCCUGUUGGGUGUGUAUGCGUUCGCUGGAGGUGAGACUGCCCUGGCUCAGAAGUGUCUCCUCAGAGCUCGUCUGCUAAUGCUAACAGUCCAUGGAGAGGACCAUCCCUACACCGCCACACUGGAUAGCUGCAUCGGGUUGGUGCUGCCCGGAGAUCAGAGAGGGAAGUUCUUAAAGAACGCCCUCAGACUCAACACCUCCUUCUUUGGCACCUCACAUCUGCACACCGCUCUCAAUCAGCACCUGUUGGCCCAGUGGAUGUGCAGCAAGGGAGACUACAGAAGUGCUAUGAGCCACGAGAAAGAGGCCCUCACUGCUUAUACCUCCAUGUUUGGAGAGGAUCACCCUCAGACACACUGCAGCAAAGAGUUUCUGUGCACUAUAACCAAGCAAGCAGUGAAAGUGGAACGCUCUCUCAGACAGGCAGGAGCUGACUGCACAGAGCAGACAGUGGAGUGUCUAAGUCCCACAUCUGACACUGUGCUGGAGCAAAUGGCUCUGGUGACAGGGAUCAGGAGCAUCACACACAGAGACGGGCUCCAGGAGUACAGGAAGAAACACAAUGAGCUAAAGGCAGCGGUGGCAAAAGAACUGGGAUUCAUAGUGACCAACGGGCUUGUUGGCUUAGCGGCUGAGAAUGGAGAGCAGAAAAGCUCAGAUCAAGAAACAGGAAGCAGGAAGGAAGCAGAGGAAGAAGGAAGCCCAGUGGUGGAGAAUACCAGCGAGGGCCAACAGGAGCAACCAGUGGAAGAGACCUCUGUGAAGAGUGCUGCCACAGCUUCAGUUAAUGGUCAUGUGGUAGAGCCAGCUGAAGUGAACGGGCAUGGGGAGAAAACAGAUGUAAAUGGAGGAGACAGUGAUAAAGCAGCUUCAGAUGCUGAGGUCGAGAUAGUGAAUGGGGAGUCAGAGGUCAGGGCUGCAGGACAGAAAGCUGAGAACAGCACACCAAAUGACGUAAACAGCAGCACAGUCAAUGGGGAGAUUAAACCUGAGUCAGAUGAGGUUAAUGGUGAGAUAAAUGGAGCCGGUGACGUCCCUGUAAGCCCGUCAGUCCUUAAGAGUAAAGGAACCUGGGCAGAUGUUGUCUCAAAAGCCAACGGAGCGAAAGUCAUAGGCACAGCCGUCAACGGAGUGGCAGAUAAAGUCACUGCUAAUGGGGGAGCUGAAGAGUGAAAAUAUAUCAGAACAGGAAAACAGUGUUGUAGUCAAGUUUUCAAAGUAACUGCUGUAAGAUAACCUUCUUCCAGGAUCCAAGAUGCAACAUUUGAUCGAAUUAAUAUGAAGCAGGCAACAUUUGAUCGAAUGAAUAUGAAGCAGGCAACAUUUGAUCAAAUCAAUAUGAAGCUGGCAACAGAGAGUGAGAUUUUGAGUUUUUGAUUUUGAGUUGUUAUUGCUAAUGCUGGGAGAGGGCUUUACUGCUGAGUGCUAUUUUUUUCAACAAUAAACUUUUUACU